UCAUGUAGUAAGUUGAUGUAUUAUCUUGUGUGUUUGUGUAGCCUGUAUUUGAACCCUCUCAGUGAUGUCGGGAAGCAGUCCCUGUAUGUCCGAGGUGUUCCCAAGAGCCAGAACGCCAGUGGCCGGCGGGUCAGAGUCCUGGCUUCAGUCACUGAAGGCUCAGAUAUCUCACAGGACUGGCACCCUAUCCUCAGCGUGAUACGAAAGAAUGCCUCCUCCUGGGACCGCGAACGUGUCAAGCAGGAGCUUAAGGUUUUCCUCAGGGAUCUGGAGUGGGGGCGUCAGCAGCAGAAGAGCCUCUUGAAAAGGCUGCACUUCCACAGGGUAGAGAAGGGAGUCCAGCAGACUCUGAAGAAGCUGGAGAUGGACACUUUGUCUCCACCCACAGAAUACACCAAAUAAGCAUUAAAAAGAAGAAGUGAAAUUUAUUAAACGUUCAGCAGCACACCAAGGUUCAGUCAGUGUGUCCAUGAGAUAGAGCUUCAUUACUAUAAAAGAGAUAUUUAAAAACCUCAAAAGAGAUCUUCCCAAACUAAAGAGCCACAUACAAUAGUUGUAGUUCAGUCAGGACAAUUUGCUGCACAUCACUCCCCUCUCUCUAUGGCUUUCCUGCUUCAGCUUUCAACUGUCAAAUAAAAGUAGUACAUAGUGUCAUAUUUGAUUAUAGUUACAUGUCACUCUUUCUGUUUAAUUUUCUGCAGCAGUUUAGCAUUGCAUUCUUUAAAUUGGGAGACUGACUGAUUAAAGUGUUCAAACUGAACCUGCGAUUUGCGUGAAUUUAAAGUCUCUGUAGACUGCUGGCUAUGGCCAGUCCACUGAAUGGACUGAUUUUGUUAUUUUUGAUGUUGACAUGACCUCAGAGGGCAACACGCUAACUGCCCAGGAACAUCCUGCACCCAGAACACACUCAAAUCUCAAAUACAACACAUGUAUCUGAAACGGUGUCAGCAGACAAACAGUGUGAUCUGUACAUUAAAUGUCAGAUGCCAGAUCUUUAGCUGCCUUGUUAUUUGAAGCCAUAUGCAGUCACAUCUAUGCAAAUGUUUUUUUGAACCAUCCAGCAAUGAUUGUACAUAUUGUUCUUUUGUGGAUUUAUUUCAGCAGAUUUAAUAUAUUUAUUUUGGCUGCUUUAUUAACACAGUCAGUGUGGCUGUAGUUAGUUUGACCUUGUUAAUGUGUGUUGGUUGUAGGAAGGAGUGCCAAGACUUUUUAGUUCUGAGUAAAAUGUGUCAGUCUUACUUACUUUGGCUUCUAUGUUAGAUGAACAAAAUAUUUUCAAAGUGAGGUGUCAAAACAUCUAAGACAUUACUCAAUCUAGCUGGUUGGUUUUUAUUAAAGGAACAGUAUGUAACUAUGUGUAACACUGACAGCUAGUGGUUAAAAUGGGUACUAUAGUACACUUAAAAUACUGAAGAGGCACCAUCCAUCCAUCCAUCCAUUAUCUUUAAUUGCUUUUUCCAUGGUGCAUGCAUGGUGGGUUGGGAGCCUAUCCCAGCUGACUUUGGGUGAGAGGCGGGGUACAUCCUGGACAAGUCACCAGUUUAUAACAGGGCACACAGAGACACACAACCAUUCACACCUAGAGGCAUUUUAGAGUACACCUACACCAAUUAUGUCUGGCAAGGAUAAUUUCAAAAGACACACUGGCUGUAUUAUUGUUGUCAGGAAGAUUUUAGUUUUCCUCAUCUCUGCUGAUAUGGCAUGGUCAUUUUAUGAUUUCAUAUAGUACGUUACAUAUUGGGUUCCUUUAACAGUGAAUAUGUCUAGACAGUUGUGUGAUGAUGCAUUGGUGCCUCAUUUAGCCUUUUACUUCAUAUCAGAACAAAAUGUUGUGAUGCAUGUUCUGUGCUGUUUAUGAAAAGGUUAGCUUUUAUGACUAACCAGUGUUGUAAUAUUGAUUGAAUGUUAUUCAAACCCAUUGUAUUAAAUCUUAGGCUGCAAACAGUU